CUAAGGACCAAGUAAAUUCCAGUGUACCACAAGGAAAAACUGCCUCCUCACUCAAUAAUAAUAUAGGAAAUGAUGUGCUUCUCUAGCAAGCUGGACAUUCGGUGAAACUAAGGAAUUGAUCAAGCUGAUCGGUGAUCUCUUUUGCUUAAGUUCGACAAGCCUGUGGAGGAGCUCUCGCUCAUUCAUUGGAAAUUUGUCCCUCUUCGCUUCCCCUCGACGCUGGAUGAAAAAGUUUUUUGACCAACCUGCUGACAGAAAAUGAUCAGUUCCGAGAGAUGAACCUGAUGUCCGCGUGGACCAGUAAGGAAACAUUGAAGAAGGAUGUGCUUGAUGUACGUCUGGAAAAUGACACAGACCUCAGGGAAAUUUAUGAAUUUGGAAUGAAAUUGGGUCAAGGUAGCUUUGGAGUUGUUUAUGAAGCCACCCACAUUGAGAGACAGACUAAAUGGGCUAUUAAGGAGGUUUGCAGACCAGCGCCAGGAAGUUCGAAAGUUGUGAUGGUGGAUAAUGAAAUAGAAAUUCUCAAACAAGUGAAUCACGCUCACAUAAUACGUCUUCAGGCAGUCUAUCGCACAGCUACGAUGAUUUAUUUGGUUACUGAGCUGUGCAAAGGAGGUGACCUGAGGCAGCUGUUGCAGCGAAAGAAGUUCUUCACAGAGGAUGAGACAAGAAAUAUAAUCUGCAGUUUAGCUGAUGCUGUUGUCUACCUUCAUAGAAGAGCUAUAGUGCAUCGGGACUUGAAACUUGAGAAUAUUCUUGUGAAAAAUUCUGUCAACGAGGAUGACAGCAGCAUCGAUAUCAAGGUGACAGACUUUGGAUUAUCAGUGAAGACAGGUGGUGCCUACUUUUUUGAGAACAUGAUGACGGAGGCCUGUGGGACUCUCAUCUAUAUGGCGCCUGAAAUGAUGAGCGAUCAUGGUUAUAGCCACUUGUGUGAUGUGUGGAGCAUAGGAGUCGUUAUGUAUAUGUUGCUGUGUGGUGAACCUCCGUUUACUUCCAAAACAAAGACGCUCCUACUGAAGGAGAUCGUGAAAAAGGAAGUCAGAUUUCCUCAACCCAUUUGGGCCACCGUCAGUGAUGCAGCAAAAAAUCUAUUGACGCGCCUUCUGAAAGUUGACCCUGCCUACCGCAUGUCUGCUAAUCAGCUCCUAGAAAACCCCUGGAUUACAGGUGACACUAAUGUGCCUGCUGUGCCGCCCAACGUAUUCGAGAUGAUGUGUCACUACGUGGAACAGGAAGAGAAAACACAGCCUCUGGCGGUUUCGUCCCUCACCUCUUCUGAGGACACCCUGGAACCUUUCCCAAUCCCCCCGGCAGUUUCACCGGAAACAAACAGCAACUGCAGCAGCAAUGCUAAACACAGGCCUGAGACGAACAGCAGCUCCUGUGCAUCCUCUGCAUCAAGCAAACUGUAUCAUGGAACAAAGGCUAACAAGAGUGGUGGUACCGUUCAGGACAGGCGCAUGAACAGCUCUGAUACCCCAAGACAGCCGCCCACCACACAGUCUCAUGCUGGUGUAAAACCCUCCGCACAGCCAAGUGUAAAGCAACGCAGGCCUCAGGACAAGAAGGACUUCAGUAGAGGACAGAAACCACCUGCUGACUCAAGGAACCAGCAGAACAGAGGAGGUGGAGCUGCUACACUACAGCAGGCCAGUAUCACACAAGGCUUGCAGAAUUACACAAAUAAAUUGCUACCAAACUCAUAUGCUGUUGUGUACAUAAUAAAACCAUGCACAAAUCAAACAUAAACAAAGUCUGAGCGAGGAUAAACUAUUUUCUGGAAAAGAAAAUUUAAAAAAGUUGACACAUGAACAAACAUUUUUGUGCAUCUCAUUUGAUCUGAAGCUGUUUUUUAUUUUCAGGAAUUAGCAUUAAUUUUAUUUAAAUUAAGACUAUGGAAAAUUGAAAUAUGUGAAGCAAUGUACUAUCUAAUCACAGCACACAUUAUUUGUAGCUCAUGCUCAGCUGUAUCCACAAAACAACUGGGAGUACAAAAAGAAAACAGAGACUGCCAUUACCUGCAGGUAAAGACUGACAUGUAAUGACAAAACGUUUUCAUUUGAAUUGUGUAUGUAAAGAGGACAGCCGCAAAAGAAACGAGUGGGGUGAAAAAAAUAUCCCCCGAAGCUGCGUCUUUAAAGAAGCAGCCUCAGCAUAAGGUAUUCACUUUGCAGAUAAAGGCGUUCCUCUCCACUCAUAAUCAAAAUAUACAGUAAUGCAUCAUUUUUCUAACCAGAUAGCAAGAGAAGAAUUAGCUCAAAUUAUUUUAAGUUUUUGUUAAUUACUUUUGGAGCCUGAAGCAGCUCAUGCCUUAGAAUUGCCAGAAAGUUUAGAAUCGCUCGGUCAAAUUAGCUGACUUAUAAUUCAAGCACUUAUCACCCAACUCUAAAGCAGUGCUUUAUGGAGCAUCCCGCUUUUUAUCUGUAUGUACACCUCCAAUGUGAUCACAUGCCUAAAUGAUAUUUCUGCUAACACUCAUCCCUUAAAUUAAAAAAAGCAGUGGGCGUGCAUUUCUGUGGGUAUAAUCUAAUACUCCCGAUCUCAAUGGGGCAUUUAUGGAGGGUUUUAUAACUGUAAUUAUCUUAGCCUAUUACAGUAUAUCAACUUUUAGAGGUCCAUUGUAUUCCCAAUAUGCAUCAACUGGACAGACGCCUCUGUGGCACUGAAUAUUUAUCUCCGCUCAACUUUAGCUGGAUGCAGGACUUUAUGCCGACAUAAUUGUGAACAAAACACUGAAUAUUUUUAAGUUCAGCAGUUCAGACAGUGUUACUUGGGUGCAAAGUCUUUCUUUUCACUCUGUCAGUUAACAGGUGGGCCAGAGCAGCAUGACGAUGGCCUUACUGUCAAAAAGUGACGCCCAGGUUUCAUCCACCAUCUGUGACUCAGAGGGGUCACAUUUGCAUACAAACACAAAGUACAGCAGAUUAAUAACAUUAAUAAUAUUAGCAUGAUCAUAUAAACUCUAAAACUCUAACUCGAAAGACAGAUGUGGUUAAGAUAUAAGAGUACAAGGCUUAAGCUACUGUAUAUUAGUAUCAUUCCCCAUUUUAUAAGCAGCAUAAAACACUUAACAGACAGUUUCUGACAUAUUAUUAAAUAGUUGUAAGCAUAUAUAACUGCCACUCAUCAUUUGAAGUGUUGAAAGUGGCAGGAAAAAGAUAAUAAAUUGAUGAUAACAUGAUGUAGCAAAGCAGUAAUGAUAUAUAACGGCAUAUAUAAAGAGGUUUCAAACCUGCCUGUAAGAAUAAUGUGUUUAAAAUAUCAAAUUUGAUGUGUGCAGUCAUAUGUUUUUAAAGGCAUACAGUGUGAUCAGACACUCAAUAGCUGUUAAUACACUAAUAUUAACGAUACCUAUAUUUUUUAUUUAUUUAGCCUUUAUUUAUUUAGCCUUUAUUUAACCAGGUCGGUCCCGUUGAGAUACAGUGACCCCUUUUUCAAGGGAAGCCUGGGCAAGGCAGCAGCCAGAGAAACAUUAAAAGUGCAACAAUUAAAAACAGACAACACUAACUCACUCAACAAAAUAUAUAAAUAUAUAAUAAAAUGCACACUAGAUUAAAGAGUGUCAUCAUAAACUGUUGCUGUAUCUGCUUAUAUAUAUCCAUUACAGUGUGCUAUUUUGUGUUAUAAACCAUUAAUUAGUCGUCUAAAUACCGAUUAUAGAUGCUAAAUAUGACUGGCUUGCCCUGCAUAUUUAGGAGCCCCUAUGAUAGGAAGUGAUGAGUUGUUAGUGUUUUAUGACAAUUUUCCUUUGACUAUCCCCUGAAACACAGGCCCCCACAGCACAGCAGCUGGUAGCUCAGCCCCUGACAAAGCUGUUAAUGUUCUGCAAAGAAUGUGCAAAUUGCAGAAACGAGUCCAAGUGUGGGCAGAAAACACUUCUGGUACUUAGAACCAGUGAUGGAACAAAUUUGGUCAAAUUGGUAAAGUGCCCAAAGGGAGGAGGGAGAUGUUCCACGGAAAACCAAUUCCAAGCUUGGGUGAGCUCAGGAUUGUUUGGAAACUCUCCAAUCUGGGGGCCUGCAUUGAAUUGCGUGUCAGGCAGAGACUGUUAAAUAAGAUUAGAAUAAGGACCAAGAGAGCAGCACAGGUACCUCACAGGAUGGCUGUGUAAUGUUGAAUCACAGUUACUCUUUAACAGCCAUACAUCAGCUGCGGCAGUGUUGGAAAAAUGUAACAUGCGGUGGCACGUAAACUCACUGGACAGUUGCAGGAAACACAAGAGGUUUUUUUUUAGUGCAUUAUGAGCUGUGUUUGGAACAAGUCCUGUUUUCUGCUUUGAUUUAUUCCUCGUAGCACCAAUUAGGCUAUGCCCACUCCUGGAGGAGUUGAAAAGCUGACGAUGGAUAUGUCAUGGGAUGGUAUGAUCAAAGCAGAGAGAUGAACAGAGAGAAAAAGGAAUCUCAUCCAGUUCCAUAUUUAUUAGGCCUUUAAGAGACUUGUAUUACAGCUUGUAAACGCAGCCACUUCCAAAAAAUGCAGCUUAAAUCAUAAAAAAAGCAGAAUGGAGACAUUAGAAUGAAAUGAACGGACACAUUAUCAUCUUUUGAUGAGCACUCCAGCGAGCUAAAGUGACAGAGAGAUCUUGAAGCCUCUGAACACUGACUGAUCCCUCUCUCCCUUUCCGCUGGUUCAGUUCAUCAAGGGCAGCGAAUCAUUAUGUGAGAAACAUUUAAAAGGGGUUAUACUUACUGCUAUGUUUUACCCUGAAUGGCUUUGGACAUAGUAAUCACUGGAAUAAUGGCUGAGUGGGGUGGAUUUGCUCUGUUCACAUCCUGUAAUUUAAACUGAAUAAAAUGCAAUGAGGUGCUGCUGUAGGAUGAAAUAGCGCACAUUUAUUGUAAUAUUUUAACAGCGGCUCAAGAGCUGAAAUGCAUAAAACAACUGUAAGACAUGCAUGCUAAUUAAAAACAUACGUGUAUUUGAAGUCACCAGUGUUUCAGUGAUCAUAAUGAACAGAACACUUGUGAACAGUUGCUGGUCCUCUUGCCAGCAUCUUUAAUAAACAAAACAAAUUACUGUACAGACAACUGGACCUUCACAAACAAGGUGUCCACAGUCUGCACAUGUUGGUCCAAAUACACAGUGCAUGUACGUAGAUGUUUAAAUCUGAAAUAAACACAGUUUCAACACGACAAACACACAUUUUAUUUCCUUCUCUCUAUUUUUGGUGUUGGCUUCUGUUGCAACAUAAAAGGGAAAACAGCAUUUUAAUCUGCAUAAUAUCCUAUGUGAAAAAUAUACUUCCACAAUAUGUGACGUCCUAAUUCUUCUCAUGUUGCACAGCAUUUUGGGCCAUUUUAUAAUGUUGGACUAAUUUCCAAUUACUGCUGAACUAAACCAGCAAACUGUAAAUCAUCUGGACAUUUUCUCUAUAAUAAUGUGGGGGACAAUACAGUAAGUACAUACCACCUUAACCCCUUAGCACUCACUAGCUCGAGUACACAGCAAGUGAAAAGUCGCUGUUUUUUUAAUAGCAUUGGUCUCGAUUAUACAUCUUUAUCCACCUUGAGAUUCAAACGAUUUUAAGGUACCAAUAGCACAACUACAAUUAAAAGCAGCAGCAGCAACAGCACAGUCAUUUGUAAUAAGAGUGCUAACACAGCAAAACGCUAGCUUUUUACCUUUUAGUCUAUUAUAUUACAAAUAGGGAAUCAUCUUUGUUGAAUCACUGUGUUGCACCCUGUUUUGACUGUAAGAGUUCAAACAACAAAAUGCAUCUUACAUUGCUACAAAAAAUAAGGGUUGAUGUUAAGGAUUAAACUUGCAUUAACUUGUAUUUCCUGGGCCAAUUGGGGUAGCAAAAACAAGCCAGAACCACAAUUUUGAUGUGUUACGUCUAAAUUCUAAGCUGAUAGAAAACUUGUUCGCAGACUGUUGCUUAUUUACGCAUCCAGCUGUAAAAGAGUAACAUAUCCAUGUGAAUGUAAAUCCAACAAUCGCACUCUUUUGCCUUCUGACGGAAAUAUGUGUCACUUUAGCUGCGACACAAUCCGUUGUGUUAACCUACUAUUCUCUAACAUUGUCUUUCUGCUGCUUGGUGCUGCACAGAUAACCUACAUACAUGGGCCAUGUUGACCAGAGUUGUGAGAGUGAACCAAAUGGUAAAGUUACAGGUUAUAAAAUCAAAACAGUGAGCUAAAAGACGCUAAAACGCUCUGGAGAGAUUAGGGGACCUGCAGAGAAAGGUGAUGAUUCUCUGUGGGCUCCUGACAAUGAGCACUGUCAUUUUAACUAUUGUUUAUAUUGAUUAGCGCAGCUUUAUAUAGACAAAUCCAAAACAUAUUACUCAUUUGCUGUUCUAUUGUAGAUGCUAACCUGUCUUUGACCCAUCCCGGUUUCUUUAUAAGGGUUUUUCUAAGUAUGUGAAGAGGUCACAAAAUUGUCUUUUCUCACAUAUUUUUUAAAAGGUACAGGCUAAAGCUAGAAGCUAACUUAACUGUUGUGCAAGAAAUGUACAUUCAAAGUGGAAAUACAGUUUUGGUUCAGGUGAAGUGCGACUUUUUGUUAAAUUCAAGGAUGUGGAAUUAACGGGCCACCUUU